AUGCACCUGUUGAGCAAAUCGCCCUUAGUCAUUUACAUUGAGAACUUCAUCACCGAUGAGGAACGACUACACUUACAACACAUUGCCGAAGGCCAUUUCAAGCACUCAGCAGUCCUCAAGGGCGGAAACUCAGCAAUUCACUCCGUCCGCACAUCACAAUCUACAACCGUCGACAGAGACGCCGUGGUGCGAUGCAUCGAGGCCCGCGCCCUCGAUUUCCAGGGCUUCGACGUCCCGGAAUCGCACCUUGAGCCCAUCCAGCUCGUCAAGUACGCCGUCACGGAGCGCUACCACUUCCACACAGACUGGUUCACCAAUCCCUCUCACGCGACGGUGUCUCUGGGCGGGAACCGCAUCAGCUCCUUCUUCGGAUACGUCAAGGCUGACAAUGUGACGGGCGGAGGGACAAACUUUCCGAUUCUGGACGCGCCGCGGGAUGAGCGCUGGUGCAGGUUCAUAGACUGUGAUGAAGAGUAUGAGUCUGGAGUGACCUUUAGGCCCAUCGAGGGGAAUGUCGUGUAUUGGGAGAACUUGCUAGCGGAUGGGAGGGGAGACCAGAGGACGCUGCAUGCUGGAUUACCCGUGGUGAGCGGAGAAAAGAUUGGCAUGAAUAUCUGGACGAGGCAGAUGCCGCUGCCUGCGGAUGUUCGCGGGGAUUGA